CGUGUCGGUAUAGCUGCUAGGCCCCGAGGAGGAGGAAGAGGAGGAGGAGGAGGUAACUCCAUCGCAUUGCACUGGCACGGACGGGGUGGUGGUGGGGGGGGAAGAAAGAGAGCGACGGAUGUGAACUGCUGAAUAUUUUAUUCCGCUCGACUAUUUUUAUGACCCUGUGGUGCUGGGCGGAGCGUUAUGGCUCAGACGCUGCAGAUGGCGAUCCCUAACUUCGGCAACAACGUCCUGGAAUGUCUGAACGAGCAGCGGCUGCAGGGCCUCUACUGUGAUGUUUCAGUGGUCGUCAAGGGCCACGCCUUCAAGGCCCACCGCGCAGUGCUGGCAGCCAGCAGCUCCUACUUCCGGGACCUGUUCAACGCCGGGGGGAAGAGCUCGGUGGUGGAGCUGCCCCCGGCCGUGCAGCAGAGCUUCCAGCAGAUCCUGGCCUUCUGCUACACAGGACGCCUCAGCAUGAACGUCGGAGACCAGUUCCUCCUCAUGUACACUGCGGGCUUCCUCCAAAUCCAGCAAAUCAUGGAGAAAGGCACCGAGUUCUUCCUUAAGCUGCAGUUUGAAAUACAAACCUGUCGGACAAUGAGCACUCUGGCUAACAGCUGCGGAACAGGCAUCAGAUCCUCGACCAACGAUCCCAGUCGCAAACCGCUGGAUAACCGAGUACUACAUGCUGUCAAGUUCUACUGCCAGAACUUUGCGCCGAGCUUCAAGGAGAGCGAGAUGAACGCCAUCGCGGCAGACAUGUGCACCAACGCGCGGCGCGUGGUCCGUAAGAGCUGGAUCCCCAAACUGAAGCUGCUGAUGGCCGAGGGCGACGCCUACUCCGCUUUCCUGGCCGACAGCGUCAAGAUGGAGGCAGACGCCCUGGGGGCGGAGCACGGCUUCGACCCCGCCUCCCUGGAGGCGGCGGCGGCUGCGACAGUGGGAGGCAACAGCGAGGCGGGAGGCGGAGCUACGCCAGCGGACGAGGUCCAGGGAGCAGGAGGAGACGGCAGCACUUUGUUUUGAACGCGGGGGACGUGACAACGGGAGACUGAAAUAAUCUGUAAAGAACAAAAGCACCUUUAAGCUGAAGACUCCGCCCGUCCCGCUGGAGAGGGCGAGUCGAGGCCUCUGCACCUUUUGAGCACGCUCCCCACGUCACUUCCUGUCUGUGGUGCGAACACUGGUGUUAGAUGAGGGAUUUCGUUUG